AUGGAUUCAGAUCCAAAGUAUUAUACAGCUGUACAUGAUUUCAUGCUUCAUGGUCCAUGUGGAGUAGCAAAGAAAAAUUCACCUUGCAUGGCAAAUGGUCGUUGCACGAAAUAUUUUCCCAAAAAAUAUGUUGAGACAACGACUGUUGAUGAAGAUUGUUAUCCAGUAUAUAGGCGUAGAAAUCAUGGAAGGACAAUUAUGAAGAAUGGUGUGCCUUUGGACAAUAGAUAUGUUGUUCCACAUAAUCGUUAUCUUCUAAUGAAGUAUGGAGCACAUAUAAAUGUUGAAUGGUGCAAUCAGUCCCGAUCGAUCAAAUAUUUGUUCAAGUAUAUCAACAAAGGAAAUGAUCGUGUUACUGUAUCUUUCUAUAAGAGCACAAACGAUGGACAUAUGGAAAAGAAUGUGGAUGAAGAAGCUUGCUAUGCAAUGGGAUUGUUGAAUGAUGAUAGAGAAUACAUUGAUGGUAUAGUUGAAGCAAGUUGUUGGGCAUCUGCUAAGUCUUUAAGAAAGUUAUUCAUCACAUUGUUGUCGUCCGACUCUUUUGGAAGCGUAGCAGAUGUUUGGAAUGCCUGCUGGAUAUAUUUAUCAGAUGAUAUCUUAUACAAUCAAAGAACUUUGCUACUUCAUCCAGAACUACAGUUAACUGAGGAUCAAAUCAAGUGUUAUACACUUGUGGAAAUUGAAAAAUUGUUGAGUAGUUUUGGAAGGACUUUGCGAGAGUUUGAAGGCAUUCCUUAUCCAAGUUCUGAAUUCUUCGAAAUUGAUCAAAAUAUAUUGAUCAGUGAUGAAUUGAGAUAUGAUCGAAAAGCAUUAACAGAUGAGCACAAAGUUUUGAUUUCUAAGCUUACCGAUGAACAACGAUGUGUUUAUGAUACUGUUAUUAAUGCGACACAAUCAAAUUCUGGAGGAAUGUUUUUCAUAUAUGGAUAUGGAGGUACGGGAAAAACAUUUAUAUGGAACACUCUCUCAGCAGCUCUUAGGUCAAAGGGAGAAAUUGUUUUAAAUGUUGCUUCAAGUGGUAUUGCAUCCCUAUUAUUGCCUGGUGGGAGGACAGCUCAUUCACGAUUCAAAAUUCCCAUCAAUGUUAAUGAAGAUUCCAUGUGCAACAUUAAUCAAGGAUCUCCACUUGCAGAAUUGAUUGUUAGGUGUAAGCUUAUUAUUUGGGAUGAGGCACCGAUGAUGCACAAGUUUUGUUUUGAAGCAUUGGAUCGAAGUCUACGAGAUAUAAAGCGGUUUGUUAAUACGUCAAGUGCAUCCACCCCUUUUGGAGGCAAGACAGUUGUGUUCGGGGGUGAUUUCAGACAGAUAUUGCAUGUUAUACCAAAAGGAAGUAGACAAGAUAUUGUUUUUGCAACAAUAAAUUCUUCAUAUCUUUGGAGAUAUUGUAAGAGUUCUCUAAAUGGUGAUUUGGUACAGCAGGUACAUACUCCAGAAUUCUUGAAUAGCAUCAAAUGUUCAGGAGUACCAAAUCAUGAAAUAUAUUUGAAGGUUGGAACUCCAGUUAUGUUGUUGAGGAACAUUGAUCAUGCAAAUGGAUUGUGCAAUAGAACUCGAUUGAUGAUAACAAGACUUGGACAUCAUGUUUUGGAAGCACAAAUUCUUACAGGAGAUAAUGCAAAUCAAAAAAUUUUGAUUCUAAGAAUGUCGUUGACUCCUGCUGAUCCAAGAUUGCCAUUUAAGUUUGAACGAAGGCAAUUCCCCCUGAUUGUCUCUUAUGCAAUGACGAUCAACAAAAGUCAAGGUCAAUCGCUUUCUCAUGUUGGUUUAUUCUUGCCAAGACCAGUUUUUACACAUGGCCAAUUGUACGUUGCAGUGUCAAGAGUACGAAGUCGAGGAGGACUUAAAAUAUUGCUUUAUGAGGAUGGUAAAAAUGAUACUACUACUACUACAAAUAGGAAAGUUUUUCAAAAUGUAUGA